AUGUUUCACUACUUUAUUGCCUAUGUACUUGUUUCGAAAAGCAACAAUUAUUCUCAAAUUGGUGACACUAAAAUGAAGCUUCUGUUUGAAAUCAAGAACAAAGUGAAGAUUAAUCGGGCCUAUGUGAUUAUGCGACAUAUGGAAUACUCAAAGGAUUUUUCAAGUUCACUUCCUUAUGCUCGUGUCAUUUCUCGAAUUUUGGUGUCAUGUGGUGUGGAAUUGCAUCGUGAACCUUACAAGAAGAUGGGCAUUUUCAUGGAUGUGGAUGGACUCUUCAAGCAUAAGAAUGAUGCAAAUGUCUAUGCAUCAUCUCCCGCUCCCUCGGGUGGAUAUACGCUUGAACUUAUCUACAAAAAUAUGUGUGAAAUGGACAUUCGCCACUCCUUUGAGCUUCGUGAACUUCGUUCUGAUGUGAACUUUCUAUAG